GGCUGCGCUGCGGGCGGUGCCGGGCAGGUCGCGGCGAUGGCGGCGGUGUAUCUGUGAGCGGGCGGCGCGGGGCCACCAUGAUCAUCGAGAGCGUAGACGCGCUUAAGUCCUGGCUGGCCAAGCUGCUGGAGCCCAUAUGUGACGCAGACCCCUCAGCCUUGGCCAACUAUGUCGUGGCGUUAGUCAAGAAGGACAAGCCCGAGAAGGAGCUGAAAGCUUUCUGUGCUGACCAGCUGGACGUGUUCCUGCAGAAAGAAACUUCAGGGUUUGUAGACAAACUUUUUGAAAGUUUGUAUACCAAGAGUUACCUUCCUUCUGCUGAGCCCACAAAGGCAGAGGCAAAGCCUGCAGGGCAAGAGAAAGAAGAAGUCAAGGAGGAGUGUGUUAAACAGAAUUUUCAAGAGUCUGUUGAAGAAGAGCGGGAGAGCAGGAAGAAGAAGUAUUCCAGUCCCCAGAGGAGCCGUACAGAUUCCAGUGAGCAAAGAACCAGAGAGAAAAAGCGGGAUGAUGGGAAGUGGAGGGACUAUGACAGGUACUAUGAUAGGAGUGACUUGUACAGGGAGAAGUCUGGCUGGCGCCGGGGCAGGAGUAAAAGCCGCAGCAAAAGCAGAGGGAUGAGUCGGAGCCGCAGCCGCAGCAGGGGCCGCAGCAAAGACCGGGAUGGCAGCAGGAGUGAGCACCGAGAGAGAGAGAGAUCAAAAUACAAGAGUGAAAAAAAUGAUGUUGAAGGCUCAUAUAAUCCAGUAUCUGCAUCUCCCAGUAAAUCCUCUGAACAGUAUUCUUCUGCACAAGCUAUUCCCAGUGCUGUGACUGUAGUUGCACCUGCACACCACCUUGAAAGCACCACAGAGAGCUGGUCAAAUUACUUCAACAAUCACAGCAAUCCCAGUUCAUUUGGCAGAAACCCUCCUCCUAAAAGAAGAUGUCAAGACUAUGAUGAGCGAGGCUAUUGCGUCCUUGGCGAUCUCUGCCAGUUCGAUCACGGAAACGAUCCUUUAGUAGUGGACGAAGUUUCCCUGCCGAGCAUGAUCCCGUUCCCGCCGCCGCCGCCGGGGCUGCCGCCGCCGCCGGGGCUGCUGCUGCCGCCGCUGCCGGGGCCGGUGCGCGCGCUGCGGCUGCCGGUGCCACAGCCCCACCCGCAGCCGCCGCCGCCCGUCGUGCUGCCCGUCCCGCGACCGCCUUUAACACAGUCCAGCUUGAUAAACAGUCGUGACCAGCCAGGGACAAGCGCAGUGCCCAGUCUUGCGCCCGUGGGAGCAAGGCUGCCUCCUCCUCUGCCUCAGAACCUGCUCUAUACAGUGUCAGAACAUACAUAUGAGCCAGAUGGCUAUAACCCUGAAGCUCCUAGUAUUACCAGUGCUGGUAGAUCUCAGUAUCGGCAGUUCUUUACAAGAGCACAAAUGCAGCGUCCAAAUCUAAUUGGCCUAACAUCUGGGGAGAUGGAUACAAACCCUCGAGCUGCCAACAUUAUCAUUCAAACUGAACCUCCCAUUCCCAUUACAAAUAACAGCAGCAAUGUCACUAGAGUUGUCCUGGAACCAGACAGCAGGAAAAGAUCCCCAAGCAGCAUGGAAUGUCCACCACUGAAGAAACCUUGGUUGGGAAAGCAAGUAAAUAACAACCAGAACAAACCAGGGUUUUUGAAAAAGAAUCAGUAUACUAAUACAAAAUUAGAAGUUCGAAAAAUUCCACCAGAAUUGAACAACAUUACACAGCUCAACGAACACUUCAGCAAGUUUGGAACUAUUGUAAACAUUCAGGUUGCUUUCCAGAACGAUCCCGAAGCUGCUCUCAUUCAGUACUUGAGUAACGAUGAGGCGAGGAAAGCGAUUUCCAGUACGGAGGCGGUGCUGAGCAAUCGGUUUAUCCGGGUGCUGUGGCACAGGGAGAGCGAGCAGCAGCCCUCCUUGCUGCAGCAGCAGCAGCAGCAGCCUCCCACGCCGCAGGCCCUGCAGCACCUGCAGCAGCAGGCCCUGGCCACGCCGCCUGCCGUGACCGUGCACAGCAGCCUGGCCAAGGUGAUGAACAAACCCCUGGCAUCUGGUGCCUACGUCCUUAACAAAGUCCCAGUGAAAAGGCGCCUUGGAGCAGCGGGUGGGAGCCAGCCUGAGCUCAGCCAGCCUGGGGCUGGGGCAGAGGAGUCUCAGAUAUUUCCUACUUCUACAAGCCACUCAAAAAUGGUUUACAAUUCUCCAAACUUGAAGACAACUCUGAAGUCUGGUGCAGGGUCUAAACCUCAUGACGUGCAAGAAGCCCUUAAAAAAAAGCAGGAGGCAAUGAAACUCCAGCAAGAUAUGAGGAAAAAGAAGCAGGAGAUGUUGGAAAAACAAAUAGAAUGCCAGAAGAUGUUGAUAUCCAAGCUGGAGAAAAACAAGGCCAUGAAACCAGAAGAGAGAGCAGAAAUUAUGAAGACUUUAAAAGAACUAACAGGAAAAAUAUCUCAGUUAAAGGAUGAAUUAAAAACUUCAUCUACAACCUCUACACCAUCCAAACUGAAGUCCAAAACAGAGGCACAGAAGGAACUGCUGGAUGCAGAGCUGGACUUCCAUAAGCGACUGUCCUCUGGAGAGGACACAACCGAACUGCGGAAAAAGCUCAAUCAGUUACAAGUGGAGGCUGCCCGCUUGGGCAUCUUGCCUGUGGCUCGAGGAAAGGCAGUGGCGGCCCCCGGAAGGGGCCGGGGCCGGGGCCGUGGGGGCCGAGGACGGGGAGUGCUGAACCACAUGGUGGUGGAUCAUCGGCCCAAGGCGCUCACCGUGGGAGGCUUUGUUGAAGAGGAAAAAGAUGAAUUGUUACAGCACUUCUCUAAAUUUGGAGAUAUUGAAGAUCUUCAAGAGGAGGAUUCCCCAUUAAGUGUUGUUGUAACUUUUAAGUCCCGCUCAGAAGCUGAGAAUGCUGCUAACCAGGGAUCCCGGUUCAAGGACCGACGGCUCCAGAUCUCGUGGCACAAACCCAAGGUACCUUCUGUGUCCACUGAAGUCGAGGAGGAGGAGUCCAAGGAAGAGGAGACUGAAACCUCAGAUUUAUUUUUGCACGAGGAUGACGAUGAUGAUGAUGAAGAUGAGGAUGAAUCCCGUUCUUGGAGAAGAUGAAACUUGAUGUUUGAAAUGUAUAAUUUUAGGAAUAUAGUUCAAACUACAUCUUUUAAACGUUUAUUUAAGGAAGUUGAUGAGCCAAAAAGAGCUUUACUUUCUUUUCAAACCACAAGAUUUACCAUGAGCAGUUUGGUAUUGAAAACAUUUGGGACACAGAGCUGUGAGACUGAGCUAGCCAAAGGCCCAGGAGCUUCUUGCAGGAUUAUCAAGCUCACCAGGGUGGUGAUUUUUUUCUAUUUAAGAAGGAUAAAAAAGGGGGGGGGGUUGGAAAUCAGUAUUUUCUUGUCCUCUUUUUGUGUCACCUGUAUUACCUUGUUUUGGGUUUUUUAUAAUGUGAUUGGUUUGUUAGUUUAUAAUUGAAAAGAUAUUACAGGUUUUAUUUAGCAAUAUUACGGGGUUAGGAGAAAGACAAACUUUCAUUAAAUAUUAUGAAAGAAAAACUGGCCUCAUUUGCUCGUUGAAAAAAGGGAGCAUUUUAUUUCCUAUGGAGUCUCAUGUAGUAGGAAUUAUUUGUGGCUAGAUUCUUAAAUCAUUUACUUUGGUAUUUGUGACAGCCACACAGUCUCUAUGUUGUGCUGCUUUUUGUGAGAGGAGGUGGAAGAAACAAUUCAACAGGGUAUUGUUAUAACAUUGUCCAGUUCACUCUGUUUCUCCAAAUUCUGCUUCACAGAAAGCGUCAGCAGGAGCACACACUGGAGUGGAUUUUCACUCCUUGAUUUCCUUCUGUCAUUUCAGUGUAAGGCUCAGCGUAAGUCAGGCUGUUUAUUGCAUUUCAGUAUUUGUGAGCAGGAGUGGAAGGAGUUCCAGUCUUCCUCAAAAGCAGCUGAACUGGCCCGUGCGCAGCAGCCAGGAGCAGCUCUCCUGUCCCUGUUCCGGGCUGUGAUCCGGGCAGGGCCCUGCGGGGUUCAGAGCAGGGUGGGGUUCACCCCAGCACCGGGGUGUCGCGUGUAGCCCGGCCCAAAGCAGGGUGCGGCGUCCCAGGGGGCUCAGAGCUGGCUGUGUCCCGGCCCUGUGCCUCUCUGCUGUCCCUGGGCCCAGCAGGGCGUGUGCUGGCCGUGCCACCGGGAGCGGGGCCGGGGCCCUGGGCCGGGGCUGGCUCUGGCUUGUGCCUCGUGGCCUUGCCUGGCCGCUCCUCAGGACCCUCGGUGUGCAUUUCUACGCAGAAUCGGCGCUGUGUCCGUGCCCAGCGCUCCUCUCUGGAGCCCCAGUAACUCCUGACUGCGGGACGGUGCCCACGAAGCCUUCACCUGCCUGUGGCUGCGAGUGUGGCCGGGGGCAGGAGCUGAGCUCCCGUUGGGGUCACAGCCCUGCCGACUGUCCUUGUGCUGUGCUGAGGUAUCCAGCCUCUGUGCUGUCCUGUUUCUUGUCAACUGAAGGGAGUGUCUCCAGUGUUCUGUCCCUUUCCAAACCUCUCCUCUUCCUAGAAUUAGGACUGUCCUGCUAAUGCUGAGACUAAAUUCCAGGCAUGAAGAAAUGGAGGAGAAACUCACCCUGUGAACUUAGGAGAAUGUCUUCUCCCAUCGCCUCCGGGGGUUUUAAUGUCUGUGGCACAAAGUGUAUCUUGAGAAGUCCGUUGCAGCAAACGUGUCCGAGUCCUGACAACUUAAAAAAAGGAGAGAGGGAUCAAAAGGAUUUAUAUAUUUUUUUGUACAGAGUUUUUUCUUAAACUAUAUAAUUUUGUAAAUAUUUUGCUUUUUUUGUGUACUAAAAUCACCGGCGUAUAGAUUUCAAUAAGAAUUGUUGUAUUUUUGUAUUUGGAAAAUGAAAAUUACAGUGGAUUAAUUAAGCUGUAAGGAAAGUUGCAGUAGCCUUCGACACAGACAGAAUGGAUUCCUUUUCAUAUGAUUUUAGCUCUAAAGUGACUCUGGGGUGGCACCUGCGUCCAGGAGCCCGGGCCGGGGAGCGAGGGCCGUGUCUGAGAGCUUCCCAGGAUUGCUGUUUGCCCUCAGCAGCCCUGGCAGGUGGCCCCAGUGCCGGGUGCCAUCCCAGAGGUGGCUGCAGUGCCCCCAGCCCGGCUGUACCGGGGCAGAGGGGCCGCAGCUGGUGCCAGGGGCUGGAGGAGGAGGGGAGCUGGGGGAAGCUGCUCUGCCUUUUGCCAAAGCUUACGGACCCCCCUGUAUCUUAGGGCGUGCUGGGCCUGUGGUGGGGUGGUCAGCUUGGGUUUCCAUGUUUCCACGGGCAGCAGGGCGCUCCGGCUGGGGUCAGUUCAUGGUGAUGUUUUACUGGGACGUUCACCUGUACCUCGGGCAAAGCACAGCCCUCGGGGGUGCCCGUGUGCCCUGCCACGUGUACCGGCCUGGGCUGGGGCGAGGACACCGAGUGAAGGAUGAGGGGAUGGGGAAAGAGGGCACUGUGCAAAGAAUGCCCUCCCUUUCCCUGCUGAAUUCACCUGAGCGAAAUAAACUAAACCGCCUCAACUCUGAAAGCAGGCACCUGCUUAGGAAAGCGCCACUUUAACAAAAUCAUGUGAAAAGGAACAAAGCUCCUCUUGGUGUAUAGUAACCUUGUACUAUAGUUUUUACAGAUUGUGAACUUGUGUAAUAGGAUAAUAGCAGAUAUUGUUGAAUUUCUAAUUGUUUACACAUUAAAAUUCAUAUAUGUAAUUGUUUUAUUGAUUACAAGCCAAAUUUUUAAGAUGCAUGUUGAC